GAAACUCUAUCAAACUACUUUUGAUAUUAUUUGAAGUGGUUAAAAAAAAAAACGAAGUUAACUUUCUAACUAGAGUCAAGUUUACUUUCAUCAAAUGAAUAUACUUUUAAUGGAAUAUAAAUGGACAAAGUUUAACCUCUCAAAAUGGUAGAUAAACCUUAUUGGAGUCCUGCCAGACCUAUAGUCCCAGGAACCAAGCGGGACGUUACGAAUCUUCGGCACACGAAUUUCACACCUUCCUUUGAAACAGAACAACCUCAGAUGGGCCUAAUCCUUUCCUGGCACUACGGUCGUCAAUGGCUAGAAGAACGAGAAGUCCACCAAAAGUCUGUACAGAAAAAGACAAAGAAAUCUACAAAGUUUAUUCCUCCCGACUUCACCCGUUGGCUUGAAAAACGCAAACCCUUGCAUCCUCAUAAAUGGCGGACAUCCUCCUGACUUUUAUUAUAUUUAUAUUUUCUUAUAUAUUUUGUAUACACAUUUCGGGAAUUUGCUGAUUAUGGUUAUAAUCUUGAAUUUAUAAAAUUUGUAUUGUAUUUUCGAAAUAAAUCAAUAAAGAGAGA